AUGGCCGCCGAAUUGCAGAUGACCCCUCAGUUGGAGCAGAUCCAUGGGGAAAUCCGCGACAAUUUUCGAGCUCUCGCGAGUGGGUUCCAGAGGCUGGAUAAGAUCAAAGAUUCCAAUAGGCAGAGUAAACAGCUGGAGGAACUGACUGGCAAGAUGAGGGAAUGCAAAAGGUUGAUUAAAGAAUUUGAUCGCGAAAUUAAGGAUGAGGAGAGUAGAAAUCCUCCCGAACUGAAUAAGCAGCUCAAUGAUGAGAAGCAAUCCUUGAUCAAAGAGCUGAACUCCUAUGUGGCUUUGAGAAAAACCUAUAUGAAUACAGUUGGCAAUAAGAAACUUGAACUAUUUGAUAUGGGAGCUGGAGUUAGUGAACCUACCGCAGAAGAGAAUGUUCAAGUUGCAUCUGCAAUGUCAAAUCAAGAGCUUAUCAAUGCUGGUAUGAAGACGAUGGAUGAGACUGAUCAGGCCAUUCAACGCUCGAAAAUGGUUGUUGAACAAACAAUUGAAGUGGGAACUCAAACUGCAACUACAUUAAAGGGCCAGACUGAACAAAUGGGUCGUAUUGUCAAUGAGCUGGAUACAAUUCAGUUCUCAAUCAAGAAGGCAUCCCAGCUUGUGAAGGAGAUUGGUAGGCAGGUGGCUACAGAUAAAUGCAUCAUGCUAUUUCUGUUUCUUAUUGUUUGUGGUGUAAUAGCCAUUAUCAUUGUGAAGAUUGUCAACCCCAACAACAAAGACAUCAGGGACAUUCCCGGAUUGGCGCCUCCGGCUCCGUCAAGGAGGCUGUUGUCUGUAAGGGCCCCAGUGCAUUUUGAGUAGAUCCAUUGUUUUGGAUGGGGAGUAGAUAUUUGUAUGCGAUUUCGAUUUGGGUGGUGUUAUGUUCUAUUUGAUGAGGGGGGUUUUGGAAGAUGAUGUUUGUGGGUACCCAUUUCUUCUUUCUUUCCUUUAUUUUUUUUUUUUUGUUUCGAUUUAUUAUAUUGUUGCAUGAGAUUGAGAUGUGCAUAUCCUGUUUGUGAUUAUUAUCUCUCCAUGUAAAUCAUGCAUGCCAUCCUUUUGUCUUGUGUUCAAUUACAUGUCGUGUUAUGGAUGAUUCUCUGUUGGUAAUUUAGACUUGAUAUUGGAACUACGUCUUCAUGUACGUACGAUGUGACAAUAUAUAUUAUGACUUCUAUGAGCUUUAUUCAA